AAUCACAAUACACACCAAAGCGAAAUGAUUCCCAUUUUUGAUGUGUUCUUUCUUCAGGAUUGUGCUCUGAUCAUUUCUAGAAAGUUGACAAGUGUGAAAAUGGUUCUUCGAACUCGAGUACUAUUAUUAAUUUUACUUUUAUUCUGUUACAGUGCACAGUCAGGAACUUCGUCAUUUGCAGAGCGAAAGAUUAUUUUAGACAGCAUAUUUCGCGAUUAUGAUCUUCGCAUUCGUCCAGAUGGGAAAAAUGGAACAAAUCCUGUGGUAGUGAGAGUCAAUAUGUACGUGAGGCGGAUAAGCAACAUCGACGAAUCUAAAAUGGAAUAUGAAACGCAGCUAACAUUUCGGCAAUCAUGGAUAGAUGAUAGACUGAAAUAUGAUAAUAAAAACAAAUUUCCAUACUUGACGAUGAAUUUACCUCACAAAAUAUGGAAGCCUGAUGUAUUUUUUUCGAAUGAAAAAUCUGGGGAGUUUCACAAUAUUAUUGUGCCAAAUAAUUUCAUCAGAAUUUAUCCCGAUGGAAAUGUGCUGUACAGUGUAAGGAUAUCUUUGAAAUUGUCUUCUCCAACUGACUUAGCGCAUUUUCCUUUCGACAAACAAAUGCGCUCAAUAGUAUUCGCAAGCUAUGGAUAUACAACUAAAGAUUUUGUAUUCUUAUGGAAACGCAUAAAUCCUGUGCAAGUGACAAAGAACCUGCAUCUGACGAAAUUUACCUUGAAUUCGGUUUUCACUGAUUAUUGCACAGCUAAAACUAAUACAGGACAAUACAGUUGCUUGAACGUAGUCUUCCACUUUUCUCGGAAUCUCACUUAUUAUCUAGUGCGUGUGUAUAUGCCAACGGCCGCACUCGUUUUACUCUCCUUCGUCACAUUUUGGUUGCAUUCGCAGUUGACAAAGGUUCGUUUAAGUCUCUGGAUGAGCAGCUUUAUAUGUUUCUUCAUAGUCAGUACCUCAACCAGGAAUGUCGUUCCCAUAUCAUCUUCUACGACAGCAUUAGAUAUCUGGAUGGGAAUGUGCGUUUCCUUCAUGUUUGGAGUUUUACUAGAGCUCUCUCUGGUCAUACAUAUGAAUGAAAAAUGUGAAGAGUCGAACAUUUCAAGUGAGCAGAUCGCAGAAGAGAAGACAGUGAAUGGUCUACUUCGUUUUAUUGUGCUGUCUCUUCAAUGGUUCAAUAAAUAUUCGACGAAAGGACAACGAACUGAUGCCAUUGCACGUGUCUUAUUUCCUUCUGUGUUUGCGCUGUUCAAUUUUAUCUACUGGCUGACAUACGCGACUUGAACUGACCGACGUGAGUAACAAAGAGAAAGAAAACGUUUCUAACGGACAAUAACGAAAGUUUACAGUUGAGAAUAUGCUUGAAAAAGAAAGGCUUAUCACCAGCUUUAUAACUUCGGUACAAAUAAAGUACAUCUGUUUUAAAAUUU